UGCAACAUGUAUUUGUGUCCUAUCGAUUGAAAGUCAUGGCAGGUCCUGAUCUGAUAAACACUCUCCUGUAUACCGUCAAUAAUCUGCUGCAGCAGGACAAAUAUAAAGCGGCAUUGGCCGUUUUGAAAGGAUUCAGAAACGGCGCCGUAUAUGGGGCCAAAAUCAGAGCACCACAUGCCCUGGUAAUGACAUUUCUAUUCAGAAAUGGCAGUUUGAAGGACAAGCUCAGAGCCAUUUUGAAGGCCACUUACACCCAUUCCCGCAAUCUGGCAUGCUUUGUAUUUACUUACAAAGGACUGCAAGCCGUGCAGGAGAGGAUCCAGGGAAAGACUUUGCAGUCUCACUCCUUUCUUGCUGCCUGUGUUGGAGGAUGGUUAGUGUUUGGAGAUAACAACAACAUCAAUAGUCAGAUCAACAUGUAUUUGCUGUCCAGGAUCCUGUUCGCUUUGUCUCGGCUGGCUGUAGAGAAAGGAAUCAUACCCCAGCCGAAACACGACCCUUUUCCACUGUUCGCUACGCUGGUGUGGGGCAUUGUCUUGUGGCUGUUUGAAUAUUACCCACACACCCUCCAGCCCUCACUGCAGUCUUCAAUGAACUACCUCUACCAUGAUAGCAAUGUGUGGCAUGACAUCUCAGACUUCCUUGUUUAUAAUAAGCCAAGGACUGCUGCUCAGAAAUGAAGCUUUAGUUUUUGUCAGUAUGGACCAGCUACAAUGCAAUAAUUGCAUUAUUUAAAUAAUUAUUAUUAAUUCAAAUGGUAUUGACUGUUGCCUUUUUUAAAUUAAUGUUAUAAUUUGUGCUGUACUGUGUUUGAUUCCUUUACAUAUGUAUUUUCUUGUGUGUCUUGCACACUUACGCAGCUGUCAAAGCCAACCACUGUUUGUUUGACACAAUUUUCCAGGUAAAGAGAAUCCCCAGCAUAUUUGCAUACCAUUUUCAGUACGAUAUUUCCUGCUGAUAUUUGGGUGAUUGUCUUAUUUUCAUUUCCAGAGUAUGUCACUAAAUACAACUGCCACAGAAUAAACAACAAAAAGACAUUUAAUGCAAAA